GUGUUCGAUUGUUCGUUUCACGUGUUUUUUUCGUCGUACCGAAUACUGCUCUUAUUGUCGGCGUUUCCGACUUGUGUGUAUUUUGACAGGUGCUACGUUCGAUGCUCGAGCUCGUGCGUGACAAUUACUCGCUUGUAGCGAUUAGUGAUGCAGUUCGUGUGGUGACUGUUUUUUGGUAAUAAUUCCUCAUCUGUGUGUUUUGUAGGGAGAAAUGUUUGUGUCAAAAGAAUUUCAAAUGUUUGACCCCAGUGAAUGAAUUUAAUCCCAGGAAAAAAUUAUAUUAUAUUGUGGAUGUGCAUAAUCAUUUUGUGCAGUUAUAUGAAAAAGUGAUGCGAUUCGGCAACAUCUAUUAGGUGAAAAAUGCACAAUCACCAAAAAGUCGGCCACGAAGAAAAGUGCUGGUAAAUCGUGAUGAUAAUGAUUGAUUGAUUUUUGUUAUUGCUCGUCCGUUGUCUGUAGAGUGACCAUUAUACGUAGAUUCGGUGGGUUGAGCCACGAGCAAUCGUAUAUACCUACAUAAUAAUGUGAAGCCGUUUUGUGAAUGCAAAAUAAUUGCCGGAGUCAGCAAGUUCAACCUCUGGAGUGACGGCGGCGACCUGCGUGUGCGCCACCGGAGGAGGUUUCGGUGGAAUUUAUAAACGUGCGCCUCCUCUCGCUCGCACCUGAGAAAGUGGUUUUGGAAUAAUGUGAAAAUUACUUGCAAGUUUGGUUGAGGUGAAAAGAUGCUAAAAGUGGUAGCGAAAAUUGGUGAUUCUUAAUGGAAGUAACGAAGUAGAAGAAGAUUAAUCAAAUAAAUUUCAGUCAAAGUGAUGGAAAGUGUUGAGUCACGACAAGUUCAAAAAUGCGGGAGCUACCUCAACGAGAAAAUUAGCUUGCUGACGUGGUUAAAUAAUUAGCUAAUUGCUAGCAACGCGGAAACAUUAGUUGAAGCAAAUAGGAUCUGAUCACGCACAGCGAAGAUUAGGAUCGAGUGUAAAUCAGUGAAGUAAGCCACAACUAGGCCGUUGACAGUGAAAUCAGUGCGUGGGUCAUAGUCACGAACACGUGACUGGAAGAUAUUCGGUAGUCGGAGCCCCCUUUUCUGUUUGCAAACCGCAAACCAUAAUUUGACAGUUUUGCGGUUGGAAAGGUGGAAGGUUUAAUCAUGCCACAUCCGUUGUCACCGCAGUCGCCAACGCCGACUAUUCUGAGCGGUAGUCGAAGUAGCAGCAUGCACAUUGCCGAGUACGAUUACGACGAACCGAAACCGGCGAAGAAAAUUUUGGCCAAAGCCGUUUACGACAACAUUGCCGAGAGUACGGAUGAGCUGGCCUUCCGCAAAGGCGACGUUCUCACAGUGAUCGAAACGGACACCAGUGAUCUCAAGGGAUGGUGGCUGUGUCAGCUGCGGGGACGACAGGGCAUCUGUCCCGGCAACCGGUUGAAGAUCAUCCAGCCCCAUGAUUCGGGUUGCUUCACCCUAUCUCCAGCUUCCUCGCCAUGUCCCUCCAUUGGCCCAGGAACGAACCUGAGCAGUCCGGUGCCGAGCGACAUCUACGAGAACACGUCGACUACCUCGUCAGUAUCCUAUAGUGUUGGUGGUGGAGGCGGUGGAGGCGGCGGUCCAAAGCAGCAAGGCAAGCGAAGAUCCUGGCAUAUUAAUCCCAACAAGGUAUUGACGCCUCAAAAGUGCGGGGACGUGUAUCUGUAUGAUCUACUACCGACUACGACACGUGGCGGUAGUCCCUACCAGCACCACUCCGCAUCCGCCGACGCCCUAGAUACGUACGACGUCCCGAAGCCAGCAGUUCCCAUCAACUACGAUACACCACGAGCGUGGUCACGAACACCGCCACACUACAGCCAUCAUCUUCCCCAACAGCACCAUCAUAAUCUGCCACAAUCCCCACACACACCAAACCUCCAGCACCAUUCGGGAUAUCACCACUUCAGUUACAGAAUGGAAGAAUCGUACGAUGUUCCGCGGCCGGUGAAUAAUUUGCUGUCCCAGCAGAACCUAACCCCCAGCAGCUCCAACUCGUCUUUGCUCACCUCGGACAGUCUCAGUCUAUCCUCGUCUAAUCGGUCUUCACUUGCAAACAUGCCCGAUUACGAUGUACCCCGAAGAAACCCUGUUUCUAUACGGUCAACACCACCACCCCCGCACCAACAGCAGCAACCGCCAACACCACAUUCCCAAAGCAGUGGCAUCUUCAGCAGUAGCCACUCAAUGUCCAUGUCUUCGUUCUCCUCCAGCACAAGUACUUACGAUGUUCCUCAGACACCACUCCACCAGCAGCAACAGUCGCAGCUGUUGAGUCCUCCGGCAGCGCUUCCCUCCAAGGAACUUCCUCUUGAGCUGUCCUCCGCGCUGGAAACUCUUGCCAGGUUACAAAACGAGGCAACAUCUGCCGUUUCUAGACUACUAGGCUUUGUUUCUCCCAACUGGAGGACCAAGGAAAAGUUGGAUCCAAUACUGAUGGAUCUCAAGUUAGCCGCUGUGCGGCUUCGAACUGCCCUUCACGAUCUGGCCGAGUUUGGCGAUGGUGCAUUGGGUAAUGCUACCAAAGCAGAGGAUAAAGGUCUAGCCCAAAAGCUGCGACCACUCGUGAAAGCCCUCCGCGAUGCCGAUAAGCUUGUCCACGAAGCAUCACAAAAUCUGGACAACCAAGGCUGGACCUUGGUGACGCUCCAGCGACCGGAGGCUACCCAGAAGCUCCAACAGCAGUUACCUCCGGACAGUUUAGACCAGCUGAUUGCCUGCGCGCAAACCCUAACGGAAGAUGUCCGACAGACGGCUUCCUUUAUUCAGGGUAACGGAACGUUGCUGUUCAAGCGUACAGCAUCCACCGCAACAACACCACAAACUCCGACCGGGCACAAAGGGCCGAACGCUGGAGUCACUACUAACGGGGCCGAUUGGCCCGAAGACUACGACUACGUCAGUCUGGAAUCGAAAGAAGCGGCAGCCAAAACGAAUGCCGAAAUUCAUGAUGCCCUACCGCAGGAUUUGAAGAAAAAUUUCGAAAAUGUGGUCCGGAAUGCGGAUGCAGCUGCAGCGGUGUGCAACGAGAAGACCGAAGUUCUAGAUCCGAACGACAAAUCCGUGCUGGUUUAUUACGCAUCUCAGACGGUAACGCACAUGGGCUACCUCACGCAGGCGAUCGAUGCCUUCCUGCAGACAGUAGAGCACAACCAACCCCCCAAGUUCUUCCUUGCCUACGGUAAGUUCGUAGUACUGAGCGCACACAAUUUGGUCAACAUCGGUGAUAUCGUCCAUCGGAACGUCUCACGGGAGAAUGUGAAAACGCGUGUGCUGCAGUGUGCCGAUGCUCUAUCGGAAGCACUAAAGACUUGUGUCGCCAAGACGAAGAAGGCAGCUCAGCAUUUUCCCAGCGUAACGGCUGUCCAAGAAAUGGUUGAUUCGGUGGUGGAUAUUUCCCAUUUAGCAAGUGAUCUGAAAAUUGCGAUGCUCGAGGCGGUUCAGCAGUAAACAAAUGGUCGGCUGAUAACGAGAUAUGUUUUGCGAUCUCAAAACAACAACUGAAAAAUUGAUCGGUUUGUGUCAAUUUAAAGUCUGAUAGCCAGUCUACAGGCUUGUCACAAGUAGACACUCCGUUGGACAGUAUGCAUGGUGUCUCCAUUUUUAGUCGAUUUUCAGUUUCUUGUGUGUUUUCUGUUCAUCAUUGACUGACGCAUGAUUGUUCCCAAGGAACUAAAAAAUCGUCCUAACAAGUAUACGUUCUAGGACAGUUAAAGGUAACGACCGAGCUCAGAGCAUCGUAGUGACACAUGAACUUUCAUGGAACUAGAAAGUAGUUUGAUGCACUCGAAAAGGUUCACGCAUAGUUCACACGAGAGCUCUGUAGAAUGUUUUGGAACGUAAACUUUGAAAAUGAGCAUAGCUAGCAGCAGCUGAGCAGUUCCAUGUGAAUGCGAUGAAUGCGCGAUUGCAUUAAUUAUGUUUCAAAUCUCAACUGUUUUGAACAAACCCAAAUUACAAUAAAUGCAAGCAACAAAUUUACAGCGAAACAAAAGCACAAACAUGAAUCGAAAGGGCCAACUUUUUACAAACAUGCCAAAAUCAGACUAGUAUGUGGAUCUAUGCAAUUUUUUACACCUCAAUAUAAUUUUGAGUUAUUACCAGCAUGUAUGUGGAAAUUUUCAGUAUAAUAUCUAUCAAAUAAUUUGAUGUUUGUACAGGCAAGCAAAAUGGAUGGUGAAAAAAAAACGAUCCUACUUUUAUAAGAUUACGUUUUUCGAAUGAUUAUUCUUAAAUAUUGCAGUCGUAGAGUUGACUUUUACACAUCUUAUGAAUGUCUAUUUGAAAUCGAAUCGAAAAGCUUAAAAUAAUCCCUGAUCGUCUCACUGUUUUAUGUAUCGUCCAAAACUAAGGAUCAUAAUUUUGAAAUUUAUUCAAGCGAUGAAUUCCAGUUUUUGGUUUGUAUACUCUACACAUUAGAAUAAUUUAUACUUUACAAUUUUAACAACUAGAUAACUAGUAAACGAAAAAGCGCACACCAAAUUGCACGUAGACCUAAACAAUGUUUCGUCUUAGUUCGGAAAAAUCAUGCUCCGAAAUAAAAAUUCCUUCAUGUGAGACAAUAAAAAAACAGAUUGUCUUGCUCAGUCAAACAAUGCAAUAACUGGAUAAUAGGGCGAAUUCCGGUUUUCGUGAGCAAAUUCAUAGUUUUUAUCUUAAUAUAUUACUGAAAGAACAGCUGAAUAGUAUUCUGGAUAACCAUUCAAAAAGUAGAGUUUUUCUGCGAUGUAAUUAGGAGUGGCAGAAUCGCAGUCUUUUUUUAAUCAGCUUUAAAAUAAACUACCUAAGUUACAUUAAACUGAUAAUCGAUUGAUGGUACUAUUUCUUAAGCUAAGUGAAUGUAUAGUCGUAUGAUUGUAGUUUUGUAAUCGAUGACGGUUAAUCAUCCGAUUGUGGUGAAAAGGCAAAAUAAAAAGUGUUUCGUUCAGGUUAAGUCAAACACAUCAUCAAAUGCAGCCACGUCACAAUCUAGGUUUACAUAUACAUAUAAAUAAGAAUAUUGAUAAUAAAAUAAAUUAUU